AUGGAAUUUGAAGAUUAUAAGAAUGAAGAGAAUUUGUUAUCAGGCAUUUCAUAUUAAACACCAUCAAAAGAUGGUACAGACUAACACUUCAUUAAUUCAUUUUAAGUUUCCCCUACUUUUUAACAAUCCUAAUAAAAACAAUAAGAAAAUAAUUAUUUCAAAUCCGAAUUAAUAAUUAAUCCUCAUUAUGCAGAUUAACAAUAAAAAAAUAAUGAACUUAGUUUUAGUUUAAAUAAUUAAAGCAUCAAAUAAGAUAAUUGUUUUUUUUAGCAAAUAUAUGAAAAACUGGCUAAACUUGAAAUGGAUCUGAAUAAUUAAUCUCUUCAUGAAUCAUAUAGCGACAUUAAAUCAAGUAUCAUGGAAUUUUAGGUAAAAUAUUGUUAACAACUAAACUUCAAUACAUCAGAUUAAAUACCUGAAUAUCAAAAUGUGUGUUUACCGUAAAGUAGUGAAAGCAAACAUCUGAGAACUAGAUCGGAAGCUAAUCUUUUAACAAGAAAUAUCAAUCCCAAAACAAAGAUAAAUGAACACUCAAAUAUUAGUCAAAAAUUGUUUGAUAGUAAUAUUUUUUUAAAAUAGAGCGAAGAAUACUCAUUAUUAUUUAAUAUUAUUAAAUCUGAUUUAGAAAAUUUUGAAAAUAGUGAACGUAAAGAUUAUGAUUAAAGUAUGGAAUUGAUUAAUCAUUAUUAUAAAUUGAGAAAUACUUUUUAAAUCUAAAUGUAGGAGAAAGAUUAUAUCAUUUAAAAUAUUUAGAACUAUCUUGAUUAGACAAAUUUUACUAUUGCUGAAUUUGAAAAAAAUUUUGAUACAUUAACAUAAGGUCUUAGUUUUCAUUCAAAAAAUUUAUAAGUAGAAACGAAAGAAGAAUUAGUAUCUCUUGUUAUUUUAAAAAUUUAAGAAUUAGAUGAUUCAAAAUUAUAAUUAGAAAAAUAAUUAAUUGAUUCUUAAUAAGAAUAGUUAGAAUAAUAAAAAAUACAAAAUCAAUAACUUAUGGAAUAUGAGAAAGUUUUAUAAUCUUAUAAAAAUUUAGAUAAUUCAACAUAAUUGCUUUUACAAGAAAAAGAAAAUUAAGAAGUGAUUAUUAAAUCUUUAAGUCAAGAAAUAUUAAUUUUAAAGCAAUAUUCUAAAGAUAACAAAAUCAAUUUUCUACGUUAAAAUUUAGAAUAAUUAAUGAUAUAAAUUAAAGAUUUUACUAUUUUAUCAACUAAAUUACUUUAGCAUAUAUUUAAUUAAACAGGCGCCAAUUUGUCUUUAAAAGAUUGUAAUCGUUUUAAUGAAUAAUAUAAGACUCUUUAAGAUUAUUUUUAAAGCUAAGAUAUUGGGAACAUCGAAAAGUUAUCUGAAAACUUUAUAGAGUUUUAAUCAGAGAUUGAAGUAUAAAAAAAAUAAAUUUGUAUACAAUUUUAAGGUUUAGUUUAAUAGAUUAGACUUUAAAGAUAAUAAUUAAUGGAUACCCUAUAUAUAUGA